AUGCAAAUCACUUGCUCUGCUGUCAUCGCUACUGCUGCCGCGGCUGCACUCACCUUCAACGCUGCUGAAGCCCACGGAUACGUUUCCAAACCGGCUGCUCAAUUCGUUGACCCGUCCACCUCGACCACCUAUGCCAAGACCAUCACAGCUGAUGUCAACAGUGUCUUUGGAGGUCUUAAGUGGGACGACAGCCCUGAAGCUAACACAGCGACGUUCACCUCGUCAUUCGCUAAUGCCGGCUACUCUUCACUGCGCGAUAUGCUUGACCAGCAGGUAGCAGACUGCGCCAAUACCCGAACGGAUGGUUCACCAGUGGACGUCUCGGGUCUCAGUCUUAUGAACUGGCAGAACGAUGAGGAGCAGAAAGGUUUCAUCGACUCGCACCACGGCCCUUGCGAAGUCUGGAUCGACGACACUAUGGUGGACCACCAGGAAGACUGUGUUGCGACCUACGGCACGGGAUAUCCUGCCAACAUCAAAGCCGACUUCUCGAAGUGCUCGGGUGACUGCACCUUGCGCUUCUACUGGCUGGCGCUGCACGAACCCAACUGGCAGAUUUACAAGCAGUGCGUGCCUAUCAUGAACAACUCGGGGAUGCAGUCCCAGGUGCAGGGCACCGUGAUGCCCACAAGCGCAUCUACCGAAACUGCCAACGACAGUGACAGCGGGUGCCAAAACCGCGCGCUUCGUACGGCUGAAGACGCCCCAACUCAUCUGACCAACGGAAUCAAGAUCAACUGGACGGAUAACCGCUUCUUGCACGCGUUCAACGAGUUUGCCCUGAGCUUCCCGACGAACGAAGUCAGCAAAUGA